AUGCCUCAAUCGCUAAAGAAGAGGAUUUAGCAUUGUUUUAGGUUUGAUUCACCACAAACAGGCAUCGAGUAAUCAAGAAGUUCAAACAAAAUCAUACAAAUCCUUAACAAAGCAAAUUCAAGAAUUUGAAAAGCAUCUACAAGAUCUUCAUGACCAAGAACUUAAGAUACAAACAGAAGAUUUAGCAGAUGCAGAGUAUACCAAGUGGUUGCAGACAAGAUCCUUCUGCUCAGGUAUGGUCACUCCUCAGGAGUACAAAGACACUGCUACAAAAUAUGACCCAAAAGUAGAAGUCAAAAUCUGGAGAAAAGCUGAUCAAUUUAAGAGUGUUAAAGAAAGCUUCCAGAAGUUCUGAUAUCUUGGAACUAAGAGCCAUUCGCGCUUUUGUAAUAGCAAUGUAGUGAAAUUUCUGAAAGAUCCAGAGAACAUUGAAAAUAAUGUUGACUUCACUUGGUUACUUCUCUUUGCGAAUAGCUGAGAGAAGUUGAAAUCUCCAGCUCCUGCUCUUGUCAAAGACCUCAGGCUAUCUAUUGAAGAGCUAAAAACAGUUAUUUAUCAUGCUGGUGUCCCAUCUUCAAGUUUCAAGCAGACAAGGAAGUUGUUCCAGACCUUCUAUAGGAACAUGAAGUUUGAGUCUCUCCGGCUUGAACCAGUUGUUUAUGAGUGUCUUCUUUCAAUGGCUCAUCACUACAGCUCAGGGUUUCAUCUUCUGCAAGCUUCCAGGAACUUAUCCAAUGAGAAGUCCAGAAAUUACAGGGAAUAUUCUUUCACAGAAGAAAUGAUGGCUUAUAGAAACAACUUGGUCAAUGACUUGGUCUUACUCGUAUCUGAGAGAUGCCAGGAAUACUUACCUGCUCCAUGAGAUGACUUAGAAGAUGAAAUUUCAGAGAUAAAAUUCAACCUCUCUGUGCUAGACCAAGAUGAACCCAAGAAUACAGAAGAUAUGAAAAAUGAGCAGAUUGAUACUGAAUUAGAAGGAAAUAUCACUCCUGAUAAUGCUGAAGAAGCUAAACUCAAUAAAGAAUCUCUUCCAGCAGCUGAAGAUAAUAUCUCAGUAUCUUCGUUCUUAACCGGGAAACACUAUGAAUUUGGAGGAAACAAAUCUCAUCGGUACUUUCAUUUGGAAGGAUAUGGACUGUAUAAGAUACACGAUAACAAAGUUGAGGCACAUUCCAAGUUGGAUGGAUUACUCCAUGGCAAACUGUCCUUCAUCUUUCACAACAAUACUGAUGCUCCUUGGAUUCGCAUUGAAGAUGAAGAAUUAAUGCAAAACAUUCCAUUUAUCAAAUUAAAAGAAAACUUACAAAUCAAAGAAUGGGCUGCUGAAGAAAUUGAUCAAUAUCAGACCCAAGUGAGCGAAUAUAGAGAAGAAGGCAUUCAGCCCUUUGAAUUCACUUCCUCAAGUGUGAUCUACGACAAUCUAGCCAAUGGCAAAGUGAGAUUUAUGAGAUCAACCCCUGUGACAUCUGAUGAUACAACCAUAUAUGCUUUGUCUUCAACAGUUGAAGUAGACGCUUCGGCUGUAGAAUGUCUUAGUAAAGAAGAACUGAUGUCUAAUACUCAUAAAUGGGUAAAGAAAGUUCUAUUUUGGGAGAUCCAUGGAUAUGAAAAACGAACUCUUCUUCAUAAAUUUACCAAAAAGCUUGAGCUUUCAAUUUCUGAGGAAGAUCAAGAAAGCAACCCUAAAAGACUAGAAGAGUUCAGAAUCAUAGAGGAAUAUGCAAAACAUAGACUACAGCUUGAUACAAUCAAGAGAGCCAUUCUUUCGGUCAAAGAUGACAAGGUACAGAUUUGUUCACAAGGAAGAGUACUCAAUUUCGACCUCACCUCAGGUAUGCUGUUUCCCACAAGUUGUAAAAUAUCCGCUGAUAUCGUUGGGUACUGUUCUAACACUAAGAAGUACUGGCAUGCUGAGAAGUUAGACAAGUCUUACAACUUGUCACUGAAGGCAUGCCAGCUGAUUGUCAAUAUUAAAAACAAGAUCGAUUAUGUUCAGCAAGCAAUUUGCAACCAUAUCCGAGGCAAUGUGACUAAGAAGAAUAUAUCCAUAGCCGAUUCGGAUCAUGCAGAAACUUUUGAGGAUAUCCUCAAAGAGUCCAUGCAUGGGCAACAAGAACAUGAAAUCCCAACUGAAAGCACUGAAUACCACACAGAUAUGUACACUGCAUCAGUGAUUCCUCUGUUCAAGCUGACCAAUAAUUCUCCUGAGUUUGAAGAUAAAAAGAUCGACUUCACAGAAUCAGAAGCAGAGAAUUAUGUAAUGGGCAGAUUAUACGGAUCAUGCUCUUUCUUCGAAAUUAACCCAGAGUUUCAUGAUGAAAUCAUGCAGAGCAUUGUUCAGAUAUAUCAAAGUUUGCAUGAGUGUCUUGAGUCAAGAGAGAUUCUCAAAUCUGAAGAGUCAAUGCUUAAAAUCAAUCGAGAAGAUAUCAGAUAUGUGGAAGUGUAUCACCACUGGAUCAUUAGAACUCAUUUGUUGAUGAGAAUCUACUUCUUUUCAAUAAAGAAUCUGCUAGAUGCUGAAAUCAAGCCAGCCUUAGGCUUUGAAAGCGAUGAUUCAAUGUGAAAAUAUUUUGGAAUUAUUGGCUACUUAAUCGAGAUUCAACAUUUCCUCUCAAACUGAAACCUUAGCAAAGUGUUGUCUUACAGAGAAGAAAACAGAGCCUUUGUCACGUUAGAUGGAGCUGACAUCUGAGAAAUAGAAAGUAUCAUUGAGGCCAAUGUAUCAUUCAUCCAGUUAACUAAAAUGUACUACUACUCUCUCAACAUCAUGAAUGACAUGCACCCAAUCUCUUGUGAUGGUGAGGACUUUGAUAUUUUAAAGCUGCUCACAAGAGUCAAUCUUGAAGCUUUGAAGCCUCACCAGAAUAAAUCUCUUGAGCUCUUAUUGGACAGGUUUGAAGGGUACACCAUCGAAGAACUCCAGAAAUUACUGGCUGAAGAUAAAUCAGUUCUAGACAAGCUGAAGCUUCUUUCAGAGAAAAUCAGCAUCUGAUGUAUAAUUACAUACUCUGUGCAUGACCUUGAUUUUGAUGCGAUAAGUUUGUGGCUUGAAAGAAUCUAUACUCUUCUAAGCAAGCUACUUGAGAAUGAGAUCAAGAAACCAGUCUUUGAAGCGUAUACCACUUUGCUUAGAGUGUUUGAAUUUUACAUUAUCUUCAAGAACUCUCAUACAAACUUAUCUAAGUUAUCUGUUACCAUUAAUGAUGAGUUCUUAAAGAGAGUUUUUAGCGACAUCAAAGCUUUCCUUUAUAAAUCUUCAGAAAUGGCAAAUAUCAAUAAAGAUAAAGCCCAAGGCUGAUAUGAAAUUUUAGUCGACAUUUACUUUUUGAUUAUGCACAAAAUUUACUCUGAGCAAGAACUCUCAAUUUCAAAAAGAAUCGCUCAACCAGGCUCUUGGUAUGAUAUUCUGGAUUACCACUGUAUCAACUUCAAACCAACAGGAGACUUUGGCUUUCAAAUAACAGGUGCUCAAACCUCAGAGAAGCCAGUUUGUGAAUACACUGAAGAUCACAUUAUCUUUGAGUUCAUUGACAAGUAUCUCUACAGCACUGAGAAAGAAGGCUACCAAAACUACUCACCAAUGAGAGAAAUUCCAAAAUUGCUCAAAAUAUUCUCAAUGCACAUGAGCUUGCUGAACUACACAGAAAAUAUUGAGAAGCUUUCAAUAAUCCUCAAAGAUCUUUGCAACAAGAAGUUGUAUCCCAAAGCUUACACGAUAAAGGAUGUGGCAGAGUUAAAGAAAGUCAAUUAUGACGAAAUCAAGUCUGAGAGGGUCUUAGCAGAGCCUAUUCUAGCAUUGCUAUCAACUCAGCCUCAUUUCACUUUCCUGACAUCUUUAUGGAAGGACCUUAAUCUGUGAUACGAAUCAUACCUGCCAAGCGAGGACAUCGAACAGAAAUACAGUCUGUUCAUGUCAUUUGAGUUUGAACCUCUUUCUCAGAGUGAGCUUCAAACCAGAAUUCACAAACUCUCUGAGUUCAAUGUGCUAGAUACUAAUGAAGCCAUCCUGGUCGAUGACCUAGAAGAUCUCACAAUCCCAGAAGAGAUUCAGGAAGAAGUCAAAGAAGAAACCAAAGAAGAGGCCGAAGAGGCCAAAGAGGCCCCUCAAGACUACAACUCGGAUUGGGAAGCUGAGGAGGAUCAAGCAUUUAUGAACAAUUUCACCAAUAUUCUUGGCAAUGUUAAUGAACCUGAUGAAGAAGUCAAAGAGCAACCUAAUCCUGACGAAAAGCCUCAAGUCAGAGAAGAUACAAGGGUGUUCUCUGGGUUAGAGACCAUACUACAGAUUAGAAAUGCCAUUAAAUAUUUCAUCUUGGACACUCAGUCUGUUGAACAAAUUGUUAGACGCCUCAAGGCUGUUCACGAAGAGAAUUUGAAAAAUAUGGCUGUUCUCGAAAGAGUAACUUGGCUCUAUGAUAUUAAAAACCUCACUGAAAAUGAUAAAAACAAAGUUGACAAAUGGAUACAAGCAAGGAUGAAGACUAAAGUCACCUACAUUUCAAGAGACUACUUCCUGAGUUGCCUUAAGAAGCCUAUCUCAGAAAUGGCGAAGAAUGAUAAGAAGAAUUACUCUAUAUUUGUAGCUGCUUUAUUGGUCAACAGUUUGAAAGACAAUAAGACACCAGUUGAGCCAAAGACCAUCAGAGCAUUACUCGAAGCAAGUGGAACUUCUCUGAAAGAGAACUCUUUGUGGAUGUCCCUAAUCAGCGACCCAUACACAUUUGAGAAGUUCGACAGAGGAAUCUGGACAGACUCUAUUUCAAGUGUGCUUCAAGAAAUAGAUGAUAUGGCAAAGACUGGCAAAAUUGAAGAAAUCAAUAAACCUGUACCAACAGAAGAUGACAUUUUUGGAUAUGAUGAUGACGAUUAUUAAGUUUUCAACAUCCUUA